AUGCCAAAGGUGCCAGUGCUCCCGCCAAACUGUCCUGUGAGCCUAGGCUAUUUUACUGAACCUGAAUCUCUGGAGGGGCAGUUACUGAGGCAUGCUGCUGAGGGCAAGAGCAAUAAGGCCAAGAUAUUACUAAAGAGAGGUGUGGAAGUCGACAGCCACAAUGCCGCUGGACAGACUGGUUUAUAUAUUGGUGCCCUGCUGGGACAUGCUUCCAUAGUUCAGCUGUUUCUGCGCUUUGGUGCUAAUCCUAAUCAUCGUUGUUAUGAUGGUAGCACUCCAGUCCAUGCAGCUGCAUUUUCAGGUCACCCAAGACUUCUCAACAAUAUCCUGCAAGUGGGAGGUGAUUUAAGAUUCCAUGAUCAAAAGGGUCGGACUCCUAAAGACUGGGCCCAGCAAGCUGGAAGUGAAGAAAAUGCAAAGGUCAUGGACAUCAUACAACAGUACUAUGCUCAGAUGGCAGCACAGGUGCAGCACGGUGAUCAGUCACUGUACUCAAAAAGUCUAGGAGCAUCUUCACGCAGUUUGCGUUCCUCUUUCACCUCACUUUUAUCUACCUCCUUCUGGUAUCUGGACUGUCCCCAAAUGUUUGCAAAUGUGAAGAAGCCAUUUGUUGGAUAUGGACAUCUCUAUCCAAGUAGAUACGAGCAGCCACGGAUGGCUGCCUUCCUAUCCAUUGCCGAUAAUAACGAACUGAUCAGAGGACAAGGAGAAGCAGAUUGGAGUUAUCAGAAUGGACCAUUUACACUCAUGAGGAACUUGCUAUGGAAUGGACAGUUGGUUACUGUGAGAAGCAUCAAGCCAGAAGCACAUCCCAACUGCAGUAAAGCACGUCGCACCAUGGACUUGCUCCUAGCUGAACAAGAACAUUGCAGCCAACUUCGCCAUCCCUAUCUACUGCUCCUCUUAGCCGUGAGUCCAUCCAUGGAUCUCCAAACUAUCCAGCAUGUCUUUGAAAGGGUAGAAAUGUGCUCCCUCUACUAUGCCUUGCACUGUGAGAAUCCUAGCUCUCCGGCAUCCUCCGCUACAGUGCAUCUGCUCCUCCAGGUCUCUGAAGCGCUUUUGUUCCUGCAUUCUCGAGGCUAUAUCCAUCGGGCUGUGACCUCCCACGCCAUACAGCUGGUGAGACCUGGCCUUGCCAAGCUCAGUAACCUUGAGUACAUGCAGCAGAGGAGAGAGAAACUCUGUUUAACUUGGCCUAUCCCACCACCUCCGCCUCUGUACAACUGGUUACCCUUGGAAGUCAUCAGAGAUCGAUCAGCCUCUGUGAAGUCUGACCUCUACAGUUUCUGCACAGUAAUUCAGGAAAUCUUCACAGGGGAAAUUCCAUGGGAUAGAUUGGAUGGCCUUGAUGUGAAAGAAAAAAUGGAGGCAGGGCAGUCUCUGUCAACUGAUGCCCGUGUCCCUGAGCCAUUUUAUGAGGUGGUCAAAAGUGGUACAGCUUUGAAAGAACGUGACCGGGGAGGCACUUUCCCUGACUUACGCUACUUACUGCGGGCAGCCCAACAGGUUGCGGCGGGAGAUUUUCCUUUGCUUUCAUCAACAGCAUCUUGUCCAAAGAAGCUUUGCAUGUGGGCAGGACCAACAGUGUCCUCACAAGACUCUGUCCCCAUCAUUCCUGAAGAAGCACCAUAUUUUGAGGUGGAGUCCAGCAGCAGGAGUGCAGGACAAAGCACAUUUAGUGCUUAUCCUGGGAGCCAGACAAUGAAACCAGCACAGAAAUAUAGCGAUCAGCAGGCCAGUAUCCCUAGCAAAUCUGUGGAACAGCAAAAUCUGAAGUCAAACUGUGACAGCACAUGGGAACCCGGGAAGAGUGAUGAGGAGAAGGCUGAAUCUGAUAAUACUGUCAUGUCAACAGACCUGGGAAACACUGUUGCUAUCCAGGAGGAAAAUUUCGUCAAUAGCCUACAGGAUUCAGCCUGUCUGUUGGCAAAGGCCCAAGCAUCCUUAGAAAAUCUGGAGAAACGUUUUGCUUCUGGCAUCCAUAUGUUGGAGUCAUUUGUCAACCAUCAAGGGGCACCAGGUCAAACUGGUCAUAAUGAGGGAUCCGUAUCUAAGCGGGUGGUGGUGGAGAAGUGCAAAGGUAACAUCCAGAACAACUCCCUUCAAUACCUUAUUGAUUUAUCAUCUCAAGCCAGAAGAGAACAACAGCAAAAUCCUGUCUCACCAGAGAUUUUUCUGAGGUUGGAGAGUCACACAGAAAGGCCUUUUUGUAACACCGAGACAUUUGAUCUUCUUCAGGAAAUUAUCCAAGAGUUGCGAGGAACAAAUGACUCCUUCACGAUGAAUCACAGUAGGUAG